AUGACGGAAACCUGUGCUGGGUGCAUCUACAACACCAACUGCCCGACGUAUGAUCGAGGACAAAACUCCCAACACGUUACCGUUGGCAAAGGUAUCUCUGGACUACAGCUGCGAGUGAGACUCUCAGAUGGCAAAUCUCCAUCUGCAUUUGCAGACGCUGGCCAGUCAGGGCACUUGGAACUCUGCGGCGACGUGGUAUUUGAUGGGUAUUUCAACGAUCGCGACUCUACUGCGGCCGCGUUCACAGACGAUGGCUGGUUCAUUACUGGCGACCUCGCUUGUGUCAACCACGACGGUCAACUAGUCCUACAAGGCCGCUCCAAAGAUACGAUCAAUAUUAAUGGGGUGAAAUACGCUCCAGACGAACUAGAACACCAUCUCGAGAAAGAGUUGAUCCAAGAAGCAGUCCCGGGCUCUUUCUGUUGCUUCUCAACUUUGCCACAGUCAUCCGACACAGAAAAAGUCGUGGUUGCUUACUCGCCAUCGGUCGAGGAGAAUGAUACACGAGCCCGGAUCAAGACUCACAAUAGGAUAGUCGAUAUUAUUGGCUUCCAUACGUCUUCAUCUGCCAUAGUUCUACCCCUGACAGCCAUUGAUCUCAAGCCAUCGGCACUAGGAAAUCUGCCCAGGGGUGCGAUCAAGUCGGCUUUCGAGAAGGGCGCGUACACCCUGCAUCUGCGCAAAGCGAGCGAAGCCAACAGAGUAGAACAUGACGUUGCAGAGGUGACAGUUUCUCCUCUUGAGGCACUUAUUCGCCACGAAAUACAGGAGUAUUUCCAAUUCAAGGGGCUAUCUCUCAGCCUUGAAAGAUCGGUAUUCUUGCUCGGCGCUACGUCAAUGGACCUCAUCAAGAUAGUGCGUCUGAUCUCGGACCGGCUUCAAUUACGAGAAAGACUCACGCUUAGUCAAGUCCUGAGAAAUUCGACGCCUCGGCGGCUAGCUUUGGUGAUUGAGGGAUCUGAGGGGAAAGAUGGAGUCGGCAGUCCGGUCGUUACUCUCCGGUCAGAGGGCAGAAAGACGCCGCUGUGGCUCGUACAUCCCGGUGUCGGAGAAAUCCUGGUCUUCAUGAACCUCGUGAAGCUCAUCGACGACCGGCCAGUCUAUGCAUUCCGUGCGGAGGGUCUCGAUAGCGGUGUUUCGCCUUUUGCUUCCUUGGAUGCGUUGCUGGAUUACUAUCUUAAGCACCUCAAAGCUGUCCAAGGGGAGGGGCCGUAUGCUAUCGCAGGCUAUUCGUUCGGCUCAAUGAUUGCUUUCGAACUAUGCAAGAGACUAGAGGCAGGAGGGGACGAGGUUCUCUACUGCGGUUGCUGGAACCUUCCGCCGCAUAUAAAGCACCGCAUGAGACAGCUCGGCUGGGUAGAGUGUCUCGCCAACUUAUUCCACUUCACGAAGCUCAUGGGACAGGAUCAAGCUAUACAUCAGAUCUGCAUAUUGCGCACAUUCUCAAAGCAAGAAGCAGUCGCCCACCUCCGAGCCCUCAGCGACUCGGAUCGUUGGCUCGAGUUAGGCCUCGGCGAAGAGGAGUUGGUCAAGUGGACAGAUUUGGCAUCUUCGCUCCAGUAUCUGGCUCGAGACUACGAACCACGGGGAACAAUACGCAGCAUGGAUGUAUUUGUCGCAGAUCCUCUCAAGGAGGUAGCUGUUGACCGUGACGAUUGGGUUCAGAAUAAGCUCAGCCGGUGGCGAGAGUUUGUGAGCGAUGUGCAGUUUUAUGAUGUGCCGGGUGAACAUUACUCCAUGUUGGACAAGAUCAACGUGUCGCGAUUUGCCGACAAGCUGAAAGAGGUCUUGAAAGCACGAGAAGGACUGCUACGUCGUGGAAUUUAG